CCCAUCCGCCACAGCAGUGAGACUGGCAAGAGACUAGUUGCCGGAGUGUGAUCGUUUUGCCAGGAAAUUCGCUCGAUUCUUAUUUGUGGUCAAGUCAAAUCCAUCUUUAUUUAUUUAAAUCAACCCAACCGCGCACUAAGUGUGUUUCUUAUUUCAGUUGCGAGGAGCAGUUUCCCUAGUGCCAGAGCUUUUGUUGAGAAGUUCGCGUUUAUCGCGGCAUUGUUUGUGGCCAUACGCCGGUUUAUAUUAACUUUAGUACAGUGUGAAAGUCGCGCGAGGUCUCUUUAUCCCCCCCCCCACGCGCGCGCUUUGAUACAUCGUAACAAUUUCUCGCUUUUCGCGAAAAUGGCCGCAACUACGUUUGAAAUGGACGGAAGUGUAAUGGAAGGGGGAGGACAGAUUUUAAGGGUGUCUGCGGCGCUGAGUUGCAUCCAAGGGGCGGCAAUCAAAAUAAAUAAAAUCCGAGCCGGUAGAAGCACACCGGGUUUGAGGCCACAGCAUCUGUCAGGUCUCGAGCUGGUGAGGGACAUGUGCAACGGCAAUCUGGAAGGAGCCACAGUGGGAUCCACGGAAAUUACGCUUACUCCUGGGAAAAUCAAGGGGGGGAAUCACAUCGCAGACACUCAGACGGCCGGAAGCGUGGGACUGCUGAUGCAGAUCUCACUGCCGUGUGCCCUGUUCGCUCAGGGUCCGUCAGAGCUGUGCCUGAAGGGAGGAACCAAUGCUGAGAUGGCACCCCAGAUCGACUACACGCUGAAGGUCUUCAAACCAAUCGCGGAGAGAUUCGGAGUUCAGUUUGACUGCGAUUUGAAAAUGAGAGGUUACUAUCCUAAGGGAGGUGGUGAGCUGGUGCUCAAGGUGAACCCUGUGAAAGAACUGAGUCCCAUCAACCUGACCGAAAGAGGAAAUAUCACCAAGAUCUACGGCAGGGCCUUCGUGGCUGGAGUGCUGCCCUUUAAGUUGGCGAAGGACAUGUCUACAGCGGCGGUCCGCACUAUCAGAAAAGAAGUUAAGGAUCUGUACAUCAACAUUCAGUCUUUGCAGGAGAAGGACAAGGCCUGCGGCAAUGGCAACGGGAUCAUAAUAAUUGCAGAAUCAUCCUCCGGCUGCAUAUUUGCAGGAUCAUCUCUUGGCAAAAAAGGUGUAUAUGCUGACAAAGUUGGCAUCGAGGCUGCAGAAAUGUUGCUAAGAAACAUCAGGCAUAAUGGUUGCGUGGACGACUUCUUGCAAGACCAGGUCAGGCACACAAAUGCUUGACUGUUUCAGUGCAAU